AUGAAAUAUUUUCCUAUUCAGAGAGAGGAAGAUUGCAUAAAGAAAAUUUUGAGUCUAAACAUUAUAAAAGGAUUUCUGGAAGGCUAUAAAGCAAAUUUCCUUCUCAGAGGGAUUUUGUUAUUGUUUUUAAAAAUAGCAUCGGUGAGCUUUGAAUACAUUCCACCAUUCAUCUUAACUUAGUAUGAAGAAUCAGCAGAAAAAUACUUGCUAAUAAGUUUUGCAUUGUAUGUUGAUUUUUUUACUUAGAAAUAUUAUGGAGUAUACUUGUCUGAAUUUUAAUAUCUGGUGAAUGCUAAAUUGUCAUAAAAGCUAUUUUCUCAGUGUUUAAAAGUGCAUAAUUAAACAACCUUUUAAGGAAUGCUAAAAGAAUUAAGAUAAGUUGAAAAAGCAAUUCGUUCAUUUUAUGAUUUAGUGGCAAUAGCAUUUGAAUUACCGUUUGUAUAUCACUUGUUGAAGAAUGAGAGUUUAUUUGAUUCAAUCAAAUAUGGUGUUAUUUUGAGUUUAUUUGCUUUAUUAGCGGCUUCUGUGGCUCAGAUAUAUGCCUGGAGAAUCUAAUUUUUUUCAGAUAAAAGACUGAGACUUACUUAAGAUAUGCUGUGUGGGAUUAAAAGCAUUAAAUAUUUAUAAUGGGAAAAUGUUAUGCUUAAUCUAAUUAGUAAGGUUAGGGAGUAAGAGUUUUUAGGGAAUAAGGGAAUACAAUAUGUUGAUACUUUCGUAACUUUUUUUAGAAGAAUGACCUAAAUUGUAUUGUUAUUUGUAGCCUUUUAUAAACUUUAAGAGUUGGAAAAAGAACAAUUCUACACUAUCUUGAUAUUUUUUGAUAAAUUAGUAAGCCCUAUUAAUUCAUUUCCUUGGUGUUUCGGUGAAUUUUUAGGGAGUAUUUUUUCUGUAAUAAAACUUUAUGACUAUUUUAAAAGUACAGAAGUUGAAGCUAAGCUUAUUAAAGAAAACACUAUUGAAGUGAGUUCAAUAAAAAAAAUUAGAAUUUUCGAUAGGGUAAUCAACUUUAUCAAGGGAGACUCAUUUAAUUAGGCAACAUAAACAAGAUUUUAGGUUACCUUUACAUUUAAGGAAAUUAAGAGAAAUAAAUUAACUUGUAUAAUAGGUCAAAUAGGAUCAGGAAAAAGCUUAUUGCUUGAGUAUUUUUGUGAUGGAUCUUAUGUAAGUCAAAACUCAUGGUUGUUUACUGGGACAGUAAGAUAAAAUAUUUUAUUCGGAUAAAAAUUUGAUGAAUAAAGAUAUUAAUAAUGUCUCAAAUUAGCUGCUAUAGACUUUGAUGAUAAUAAAUAAGUAGGUUUUAAUGGAACUAAUUUAAGUGGUGGAUAAAAAUAAAGGGUAACAUUUUGUAGAGCAUUGUAUUACGAAGCUUAAUCAUAUUAUUUUGAUGAUAUAUUUUCAGCAGUUGAUGAAAAUGUGGCUGAUCACAUGUUCAAAUCAAUUACUACUUAUUUAAAAGGGAAGACUGUAGUUUUAGUAUUAAACUAACUCUAAUAUUUAUAAUAUGUUGACUUUGUUAUCAAGAUUGAAAAUAAUAUAGCUACACUUGAAGAAAUGCAAAAUUUUCAAGUUGGCAGUGUUCAUUUUACUCCUAAACCGAUCACAGAUGCAAUCGAACCUGCCUAACCUGAAAAAGAGAUUGAUUAAGAAACUGAGUAAAAUUUAAAAGAAAAUUAUCAAUUUUAUAUAAAUGCAUUAGGUUUGAAGACUCUUUUAUUUUUUGUUGUAAGUUCUCUACUUCAUUAAAUCAUGAAAGGGGGAUUUGAAUUAUGGAUUCAUAAUAAUAUUUCUAAUUUAAAGAAUUUCGACAAAUCGGAAUUUUUAAAUGUAUUUUUGAUUUUAUCAGGAUUGACUUUGUUGAGAGGAUUCAGCUAUUCAUAUGCAACAAUAAUAUCCGCCAAAAAUAUAUUUGAUUUAUUGAUGUAGAAAUUCAUACAUCUACCUACAAAAUUUUAUGAUAUUUUUUCAAGUUCCUUUUAUAUCAGGAGAUUAUUUGAUGAUAUGAAUGAAAUUGAUGAUCUCCCAUUAAAUUAUUUUUUCACUGUCUCUCUAGAAUUUUUGGGUUUGUUCAUCCUUAUUAGUUCUAUGCAAAUUGAAAUAAUUCCUUAUGUUAUUAUAAGUGGUUAUUUAUUAAUUAAAAAUUAAAUGACACACAGAAAAUUUAUAGUGUCAAGAUAAGUUGAAAUUAAUAGGUACUUUGAAACAUAAGACUUUGAUUCCUUCAUUAUAGAGACAGAAAAAGGACACAAAUUUAUUAAAUACUUUAAAUAAGAAAAUAAAAUCCAAUCUUAAUUUUAAAAGAUUCUUCUAUAUAAAUAUGCUAAUGCUCUAUCUUAAAGUUAAUUAGAAUACACUCUUAAAUUACGUAAUUUUAUUGUAGAGUCUACAGUUUUGGUGCUAUUAAUUAUCACAGGAAAUAAAUUAAGCUAUACUUAUGCAUAUUUACUAUUUGGUAAUCAGUUUUUAUCUAAAUCUGUUUCAAGUUGGAGAAGGAUUACUAAAGUCAGCCAAUCAUUAUAAAGAAUUAAAUAAAUUGUAAGUUUUCCUGAAGAAUAAAAAGCAUCAAUUCAAGAAUACAAGGAUAAUUUAAUUAUUUAUGAUAAUGUUUGGCUUAGUUAUGGAAUGGCAAAGGGUUUGGCAUCUGCAGAUUAUGCUCUUAAAGGGGUCUCAUUUCAGAUUUCUAAAGGAUAGAAGGUAGCUUUUUGUGGCAGAACAGGAUCAGGUAAAUCAAGUCUUUUUAAUUUACUUGUCUCUUUGUACGAAUUUUAAAAAGGCUAAAUCUACUUUUUUGGAAAUCCAAUCUCCAAUUAUGGAACAACUUAGUUGAGAUCCACUAUGAGUGUAAUUCCUUAGCAAGGAGUUAUAUUGCCAGGAUCAAUAAGAUAGAACAUAGAUCCUAAUUAAUAAUUUAGUAAUUAAGAGAUUGAAGAUAUAUUCAAAGAAUUAGAAUUUUAAAUCGACCUGAAUAAGGAUACUUAAAAUUUAUCAAAUGGGGAGAAACAAAUUGUCAAUUUUGUACAGUCUAUUUUAUUGAAUAGGGGCAUCAUUUUGAUGGAUGAAGCUACUUCAAAUAUGGACAUAUAAACUAACAAUAAAAUUAUGAAAAAGUUAUUUAAUUUUGUAUAAAAUAAAACCUUACUCCUUAUUUCCCAUAGACUUGAAAACCUUUAAUAUUUUGAUAAGGUGUAUGUGAUGGGAGAAGGAUAAAUAUAAGCGUGCGGAACUUAUGAAGAACUAUUAAAUAAUGACAAAUUCCUAGAACUCAAGAGCAUUUUAUGA